AUCUCUUGGCAGCAAAUUUCACGCUCGAUUGGUUCAGUUUUCGUUCUCUUGGAAAUUUUGGCGUUCUCUUCGCUCACCAAUGGCUUCCUUUCUCUCUUUCCUUCUCCUUUUGGCGGUUUCUUCUUCUUCUUUCCUUAGCUGUUCUUCUUCCGAAAUUAGCCGGAAGGAAUUAAGGAGCAAGGAAACCAACCAGAUAACCAACAAAAAACUGAACUUUUCGGUUCAUUCCAACGUAAUUGACCCUUCACGGGUUGUUCAACUCUCUUGGCGACCAAGGGUCUUCUUGUAUCAAGAUUUCCUAUCGGAUGAGGAGUGUGACUACCUGAUUUCUUUGGUACAUAAAAGAAAUGAAAAAUCUUCAAGUGAUGGUAAUGGCUCAGGAGACACCAUCACAAAAGGCCAGCUAAAGGGCUCGGAAACUCCUGACGACAUAGUUGAUGAGGUAGUUUCAAGGAUUGAGGAAAGAAUUUCAGCCUGGACUUUCCUUCCUAAAGAGAAUGGAAAAGCUUUGCAGGUAUGGCGUUAUGAGAAUGAGGAUUCUCAAAAGGACUUAAAUUACUUUGGUAACAGUUCCUUACUGCAACAAAGUAAGCCUUUGAUUGCAACAGUCAUCUUGUAUCUCUCAAAUGUCGCCCAUGGUGGCCAGAUUCUGUUCCCAGACUCAGAGGUGAAAGACAAUAUUUGGUCGGAUUGUACAAAGAGUGACAACAUCCUAAGACCAACUAAAGGCAACGCAAUUCUGUUCUUCAACAUCCAUCCUGACACAUCUCCUGACCCUAGCAGCUCACACGCAAGAUGCCCGGUGCAGGAGGGGCAAAUGUGGUGUGCCACCAAACUCUUUCAUGCAAAAGCCAUUGGUGGAGAAGUUACCUCAUCCAAAUCGUAUGACGGUGAAUGCUCUGAUCAGGAUGAAAAUUGCCCCAGGUGGGCUGCCACGGGAGAGUGCGAAAGAAACCCUGUCUUCAUGGUUGGUUCUCCUGAUUACUACGGGACAUGUAGGAAGAGUUGUACUGUAUGCUGAUGGGCAAAACAUUAAUUCUUUCUUUUUUCAGUUGGUUUUAAGUUCUAUAGCAAAAUGAGCUAGCAACUACUAGCCAUUCUCUUUUAUGAGCUCUAUAUACCUAAUUACUUAAGUGAAACAGACAGUUGAAAGCAGAAGAUAGAUAUUCCAUUACAGAUACUUUUCUUGUUAUUUUCUUC